AUGUCGUCUAUCGCUAUUCAGACUCAGACUACUUCUCCGGACUCCACCGGAGCACUUCGCCUCAAGCCCUGGAACAAGCCUCCGCCUAGCACUGCUGAUGUCGAGUAUGCGAACAUCGAGACAGUUGACCUCUCUCUCUGGGACAAACCCGGAGGCAAGGCCGAACUCGCGGCGACCGUUGGUCGCGCACUCACCCGUGACGGGUUCUUCUAUGUGAUCAAUCACACCUUUUCUCAGGAAGAGGUUGAUCGUAUCUUCAGCAUUGGACAAGUGCCUUUCGAUGAGGUCCCUGAUGACGAGAAGCACAAGUACGAGGCGAAGAUCAAGGAGAAGGGGACCUUCCGAGGCUACAAGCUCCCGUCAUUCUGGGAGAUCGAGAACGGUGUUCGUGACAGGAUCGAGCAUUACAAUUUUUACAACGAGCGUGGCUCCGUUGGCUCCCCCGACGAGCACCCCACCGCUCUACGUCCGUUCCUCCCAGAAAUCACAGCCUUCCUUGCGCGAAGCCGCGAGCAAAUUUUGCGGCGCAUCCUCGCGCUCAUUUCCCUGCAUCUUCAGCUUCCGGACGAAGACUACCUUUGGCGGUUGCACAAAGCUCCGGAUGGUCGUGAGGGCCGUGACUUGUUCCGCUUCAUGGUUUAUGACCCGCUGCAGGAGGAGGAAGCGAAGCAGACCAACGGAGUGUAUCUGAAGGGUCACACCGACUUCAAUACUAUUUCUAUUCUUUUCUCUCAGCCGAUCACGUCUCUUCAAAUCCUUAUGCCGAACGGAGAAUGGGCAUAUGCGAAGCACCGCCCUAACGGUCUGGUCGUCAACAUCGGCGACCAGCUCUCUCUUCUUUCCGGCGGAGUCCUUCGGGCGACGGUCCAUCGCGUCGUCCGACCGCCUGAGGAUCAGGUUUCCCUUCGCCGUCUCGGUGUCUUCCACUUCGCUCACGCCAUCGAUGACACUCCUCUCCUGCCUCUGUAUGACUCGCCUAUCAUUCGCGAAAAGGGUGUGAACAUAUUCAAGGACAAGGAUCACGUUCCCACUGCAGCAGAAUGGGAAAGUGCGCGCAUCGCCAGUUACGGGGUGGUGGAGUUGAAGAAGGGACAGAAGUGGGAUACGGAGGUCAUUGCAGGCGUUGAAGUCAAGCACUACAAGUGA